AUGCUUGGCGUGCCGAGCCGCCGCGCGACGGCGCUCGUGCGGCGAUUGGGGUGUACGCGCACGACACAUGGCCUUGCAGAGGCUGCGCGGCAGCUCGCCAAUGCACGGCUCGCACAGGCGCCAUCCGAGCUCCCGGCCGAAGUGCACCACGAAGCGAGGCAGUAUGCACGCUGGCUGCACGACGAAGCGUGCGCACGGCAUACCGCGCCGCACGAUAUCCGUACCGCGCUGCAGGACAUGGUCCGGCGCGUCGCACACGGCGAGCCACUCGCCUAUGUCAUCGAGACAGAAGAGUGGGCGAUGCGCCUCGCGGAGCGCGUAGCGCCCCAGCUCGCGCAGAAUGGCGCGCGCUUCCGUGUGCUAGACCUGUGCACGGGCUCUGGAUGUAUCGCCUUGCUGCUGGCGCAUACUUGGGCCGGCGCCCAGCGGCCCUUGCGCAUUACAGCCGUCGACUGCGAUGCGUGUGCAGUGACACUUGCCAAGGAAAAUGCGGCAUGCAACCGCCUAGACGUGGACGUCGUGCAGGCAGAUAUGCUCGACGAUGCGGCGUGUUCAGCGCUAGGGACGUUUGACGUCGUCGUGUGCAAUCCGCCGUACAUACGCGGAGAUGAGUGGCUGAUGCUCCCCUCGUCUGUGCGCGACUACGAGGCGCGUGGCGCAUUAGUAGGCCAUGCUGCCGACGACGGCCUCGCAUAUUACCGCCGGCUCGCCGACCUCGCGCGCGCCGGCCUCGUCCAGCGCCCCGGCGGCGUGCUUGCGAUGGAAGUCGGUGCAGGCCAGGCUGACGAUGUCUCUGCGCUCUUCAACUUCCAGUCGCUGCUCCUCGUGAUCCUGCUGACGAUCUGCACCUGCACAUACGUGCGUGCGACCGCGCCGGUAUUGAUCGACCGCAACAAGAAAGGCUUCCUGGGCGUCUUUUUCAAGGCCGCACGGAUAGGCGAGCGCCUCUCUCCUUAUUGUUCCAUUGCAUGCCUCAUCAUGGCGCUCUAUGUCAUUACCUAG